GACAGCGAAAAAAAAAAACUCCAUGAAUAUUAAACACUUUGUUUGCAGGGAGUGUCAUAUAAUAUUGACGUCAAACAAUUAAGCUUAACUCUUGUGUAAUCACCAAGUCGACACCAGGACCCUGUUUCACGGUACCUGUUGAUGGGAAUUUACAAGCUGCUGUUAUAAGCUACCGAAAUAAUGCCUUUUGAAUAAAGUAUCAAGAACGUUUUGUGAAACCGGACACGGGCAUAUAUAACACAUCAUUAUAUAAACCACAAUGGCCAUCUUAAGGUCCACAGAUACGUUCCUAUCUAAAGCAGAAGCAGAAAGAAACGAAAAUGGCGGCUCUGCGUCUUAUCGUCUGUGUAGUCCUUUUAAGCUUGGUCAUCAGUCAGUCUACUAGCUAUCCUGUUGGAUCGUUGUUUGGGUGCUUCGGGUCCCCCCAAACCGUCAAUGAACUCGACGUCCCUGCUUACUUAGGACGAUGGUACCAGGUUUACACCGAUCUUGUAGUGAAUGUUACUUUUGAACGGAACGCACAAUGUGUGACAGCCGAUUAUGGCUUGAAUCCCGAUGGGAGUAUAUCCGUGUUUAAUGCGAACACUGUAGGCACACCAGAUGGAAGGUUUAAUACCAUUUCGGGAAAAGCUACUGUUCCCGAUGCAUCCGAACCGGGACAACUCGUCGUAGAAUUCCCGGGAGUCCCGGCACCAGGAGAAUACUGGGUAUUGAAGCUUGGCCCUAUAGUCGAUGGCAAGUACCAGUACGCGGUGGUGAGUGAUUCGAGGAAGGUUACACUGUUCGUCCUGGCGAGGGAUGCAGCAGCGUUCAUGGGAUCAGAUGAUAGGACAGAAGUUCUUGAAUUCCUCCGAGAUACCGGGUUCAGCUGCUUCUGGAACAAACCCCAAGAGACCUAUCAGUCGGACCAGUGCGAAUAUGUUCAACCUUAAUAGAACUGUUUGAAAGUUAGGGGGCGGAGAAUAAACAGCGGACCAGUUCUAAGACUAUUAUAGUGGCUUAAUAGCUAUUCGAAAGGCUCUCAGCACCCACAUAAUAAUUCUGCUGUUCAUUUUUAUGUGGAUUAUAAUUAUGAAAUAAGACAAUUUUUUAGAAUCGUACAUUUUAGCAGGACUUUGACAUGAUCAAUGUAAAACACGAUUCCUCUGAAAAUCGUUAUGUUUGGCUAUGUUUACUCUGAUUAUGCUUAUAUUUCACGUCUUUAAGAGUUUCUAGUAUACCUGAACAUUAUUGUGACAUUUCAAAAUGUCACAUAAAAAAAGCAAAUGUGCCUCAUGAAUUGCAUACUGAAAUAAAAGUAUAUGACUUGCAGUAGCAUUAAUUCAUUCAUUUUAUUCUUAUUUAUGCCAUUUAUUUAAAUUUUUGUUGAGGGCAGUUCGAGCCCCAAAACGCAAUAAAUCGUUAUACAUUAACGCAUUCGUACAAAUGACAUAUUGUGAGAGUCGUUUAUUCUACAUUACAAAGUCUAUUGGUAAAUAAAACGUAUACAACACGCAAUUGCAAUCCGUAUUCAUGUGUAGGUUUAAAGGUUUCCUGAUGUGGUAUGAUUUUUUUUAUUGUAUGUAAUAAUAAGUAUUUAUUAGAAAAUAUUGUAACAUAAUAAAUCAAUUAAAAAAAAGAAUUUGUUAUAUACGUAUUGAGGGAAAAAUUGAAAACAGGCCUUUCUCCUCCUUACCCCCCCCUAAAAAACUAUGGGGGGGAGAGUGAAAACAUUUAUACGUUGAGCAAGCCGGAGACCUAUUUUUUUUUUAUGUAUAGAUGAAUACACAUCAGCGAAAGUCCACUCCCCCAUUUGAUUUUUUUCAAACAUGUUAGUGAUUGUUUUACUUAAUUGAAUUAAGUUAUUGUAACUUAAUUUUCUUGAGUAAAAUGGAUACAAAGAAAAUAAGUAAAUUUUACUUAAAACUGCCAAACUCAUAAAUACUUUUUACCACAAGUUUAUUGAGUAAUUUUAACAAUGUUUUUUUACAGUGUAUAGCUGAGAUCAUGAUAUAAACAAACUGAAAAUUAAUUCCGGUAUGAUUCUAUUAAUGAUUGUACCUACCCAGUCGCGUUUCUUAUUAUGACUAUUUUGCAUUCUUAUUCUCUCUAUACUUUUCGUGAUAUAAUUGUAUCAAAAUUAUGUUGCUAGAAUGAAAUAAAAACAUUAUAAUACCGUCUAUUGUUGUAAUAAAUCACAAAAGGAA